GACUUGUGUGUUGCUUGGUUUUUGACCAGAGUCCGCAGCUGAUCUUCACUUGGGGAACCUGACAUUAACUGCAGGAGAAGGUGACAGGAAGACUACACGUCUGCUGGCCACUGGAACUCUUCUGGGAAGCUCCUACUAAGUUGCACAGAGAGGGAGGCCUGAGCAGACCUCCGCUUCUCACUUCUCCUCGCUCCUGGAGGAUCACACUGACUGAAGGGAGUCUCUUCUGAUAGUCACCUUCACUGCACCAUGGCCUUUGCAGCUUCCCUGGCCAAGCUCCAAGCAGAGGCCAGCUGCCCCAUCUGCCUGGAUUACCUGAGAGACCCAGUGACCAUUGCCUGUGGGCACAACUUCUGUUCCUCCUGCAUCCACCAGCGCUGGAAAGGUCUACAGGGCACCUUUCCCUGUCCUGUCUGCCUCCACCACUGCCCUGACAGGAGCUUGGAGAGGAACACCCAUUUAUGUCACAUGAUUGAGAUUGUUAAGCAGAUCCCCACCUCAGGGAGCAAGAGGAAAAUGCAGGAAGAAAUACCCCUGUGUGGGAAGCACUGUGAGGUUCUGACCCUGUUCUGUGAGACAAGCCUGGAGCUGCUGUGUCUCCAGUGCAAGGACCCCUCAGACCCCCCGGAUCAGCCCCUGAUCCCCAUUGAGGAAGCAGCAGCUAGUCAGAGAGGGAUGCUCAAAAGGCACAUUGGGACCCUCACUAACAGCCUUGAAAGUGAUGAAACUGUAUAUAAAAAGCAAGUUGCAAAUACUUGGGAAGUAAAGAGAAAGAUGAAAAAAUGGAGGGAGGAAUUGGACUAUGAAUGUAACGAACUUAAGUUUUUAUUGGAAAGAGAGCGAGAUGAAAUUGAUAACGAUCUGCCUAUAGAAGAGAAUGAUGUUGAAGAAAAACUAAUUGAAAACGGAAAGCAAAUUUCAUACCAUAUGUUCAGGUUAAACAUUCUGUUAAGUGAAAUAGAAGAGAAGUGUUUGCAGACAGGCCUGGGUUUACUCACAGGCAUUGAAAGCAUCCACAACAGCUAUGGAAACAUAGAGACCCCAGCAGUGUUUUCAUAUGAAUUAAAGAGGAGUUGCUGUCUCCCCCCACACUACUUGGGCCUGCAUAAAAUGAUCCGCACGUUUCAGGUAGAUUUGACACUGGAUCCUGAAACUGCCCAUUCAAGUCUCAUUAUCUCAAGAGAUAGAAAAAGUGUGACCUAUAGGAGACCAGAUGGUCUUCCUAAUCCCGAGGCAUGCACUUCUUCCCCGGCUGUCCUGAGUUCUGAAGGCGUUGAUACUGGCAGGCGUUUUUGGCAGGUAGAAAUAGGAGGCACAGGUGAUUGUUUCUUAGGUGUGUGUAAAGAAUCCAUCCUCAGAAAUACUCUCAGAUCACCAUCCCCAAGCAAUGGAUGCUGGCAAUAUCAGCAGAAGACUAAUUUACUCCACAUUUUCUGUGCACAGCAACAUAAGAUUGGCAUUUUUCUGGACUAUGAGUUGGGAGAGGUUUCAUUUUACAAUUUGAAUAGCAGGUCAUUCUUGGAUGGAUUCCGUGAUACCUUUACAGAGAAAGUUAGGCCUUAUUUCUCCAUUGGACCUUCUUCAGAAUCCCUUACAAUCAGAGUGAAGUGAUGAACAACUUGGGGGGAAUUUUGUUUGCUUAUUUUCUUCCCUUUUUAUUGAAAGGAAUACUUAGCAUCAAAAUCCUGAUUCCUCUUUUGAUGUUUGAAUGUUGAAAGCGUUAUGGACUCACCCUUCUCUCCUCCCUGACCUUACACCUGGGAAAGCUAAUGAGAAAGUCCAGGUGCUCCAUCCUUGGGUGCAGGUGGGAAGUUCCAAUCAAGCAAGUUUCCAUCAGUGUCAGCAGGCUCCCAACAACAGCACCCAGUAACCAACAUGAGCACCACAAGCUAGUCCCUUUCCCUGUGCUCUCAGUCCUUCUGGGGUUUAUUCUAAUAUCUACCCUUCUCUCCCCCAAAAUGUCACCGUAUGAGUAAUAUACUUUGUCAUACUCUUCUGAUACGUAGGGAGUCAUCAUCAGUGUGAACAUUUGAAACCAAUUUUGGGUGCCUUCUUCCCUGCCUGUGCAAGCUGGUCACCACCUUUGACACUGUGAGCAGGAUUUUCCAGAUAUGAAGCCCACUGCCAGGGCUUCCUCCUCUGGCUUUGUUUGGUAACACACCCUGGUUCCCUAGGCAAGGGUGUCCUUGCAAUUUGUGCUGCAUUUGCUGAGUUCUAGGGAGGCUGUGUUGUAGAUUUGACUGACCUAAGUCAGAAGUUUCCAUAAGAAACAUAUUCUAUUUACUGUUUGUUAUUUUCCAUGUAAUUUUUUGGGAAUUCUAAAUGUCUUGCUUUGUGUCUCAUGUUUUAUAACAAUUUCAUGUGCAGGGCUGAGCAAAAGCAGGUUGACAAUAGUGUUACAAAU